GGACGGCGGCGGGAAGAUGGCGGCCCUCAGAGACCAGCUUGGAGCUGUGGAGGCCGAGGGGAGCGCGAGUCGCCAGGGGAGCUCGGGAGUGGAAGUGGUGCUUCCCUCCGAUCCCGCCACCCCCGCCCCGUUGUGCCCUCACGGACCCACUCUUCUCUUUGUAAAGGUGAGCCAAGGGAAAGAAGAAACACGGAGGUUUUAUGCCUGCUCAGCCUGUAGAGAUAGAAAAGAUUGCAAUUUUUUUCAGUGGGAAGAUGAAAAGAUAGGAAGGUACUUGAAGUUCAUUGAGCUGCCAUUGUCCCAGAGGAAGUUUUGUCAAAGAUGUCAGCAGUUGCUGUUGCCAGAUGACUGGGAGAAGCAUCACGAGCAUCCAGUAAUGGGUGACAUUUCUGUCGCCCAGUUAAAAAGGCCCAGUCAGCUCCUUUAUCCGCUGGAAAACAAGAAGACAAAUGCGCAGUAUUUGUUUGCUGAUAGGAGCUGUCAGUUCUUGAUAGACCUCCUUUCUACACUGGGGUUCAAAAGAGUGCUAUGCAUCGGAACACCAAGGUUGCAUGAGCUGAUCAGGUUGAAAGCAUCAGGUGACAAGGAGUCUAACAUUAAAAGCCUUUUAUUGGAUAUUGAUUUUCGGUAUUCACAGUUUUAUAUGGAAGAUAGCUUUUGCCAUUAUAACAUGUUUAAUCAUCACUUCUUUGAUGGAGAGGCUGCCCUUGAAGUAUGCAGAACGUUUUUACAGGAAGAUAAAGGUGAAGGAGUCAUUAUGGUGACAGAUCCUCCUUUCGGUGGCCUGGUUGAACCUCUGGCUGUUACAUUCAAGAAGUUAAUUGCUAUGUGGAAAGAAGGUCAAAGCCAAGAUAACAAAGAACUACCCAUUUUCUGGAUUUUCCCCUAUUUUUUUGAAUCCCGAAUUUGUCAGUUUUUUCCAAGUUUCUGCAUGCUGGAUUAUCAGGUAGAUUAUGAUAAUCAUGCACUUUAUAAACAUGGAAAGACGGGUCGAAAACAGUCUCCUGUGCGUAUUUUCACCAAUAUUCCACCCAACAAAAUAAUCCUUCCUGUUGAAGAAGGGUACAGAUUUUGCCCUCUGUGUCAGCGAUAUGUUUCUCUAGAGAAUCAGCACUGUGAGCAGUGUAAUUCUUGCACAUCCAAGGAUGGCAGGAAAUGGAACCAUUGCUUUCUCUGCAAAAAGUGUGUAAAGCCUUCCUGGAUCCACUGUAGCAUUUGCAAACACUGUGCUCUUCCAGACCAUUCUUGCAAGGGCCCUAAAGAUGGCUGCUUCAUUUGUGGUGAAUUAGAUCAUAAGCGUGGUGCUUGUCCUCGCAUCUCUACAUCUAAGAAAGUUAACAAAGCUGUCAGAAAGCAGAAGAAAAGAAAAAGUAAUAAGAUGAAAAUGGAGACCACUAAAGGAGAAUCCAUGAAUCAUACGUCUGUUACAAGGAAGAAGAAAAGGAGAGAGAGAGUUCAUCAAUAUCUCUGCUCUUAAAUGUCCAGUGACUUAAGAAUAAGAAAGAUUUAUAGUCCAGCCUUUGAUGCCAUUUUCUGGAAGUGCCACACUGGACUUAAAUUCUGUUGCUCUCAAAGGUAUGCACCUUUCUGAACUAGAUAAUAGGCAGGUGGUACUUGCUGGUUUAUAGACCCCUCAGCAGAGUCCCUGGAGACCUGGCGAGUUGUUCCAUCCUUAGCUGGUUUACUAGCUGUCUCUGCGUGUUUUUUCUCUCUUUAAAUCUCUCCCAAUCAUGUCAUGUUAGCCUCUUUUAUCUGAAAAGUGGGCAUGCAGCAUUCUUGUCCAGAGUCGGGAGGAAAUGAAAACCUGAGGUUUUAUUUACAUUACAUAAGAGUGUGUUAAGUAAGAUAUUUUAAAUAUUAAACAUUGUACGAUGGCUUAGACUCCACUUGUAAAGAGAAGUACAAUAUACAGUUAUUUUUAGACAGAAUCUGAAGGUGAUGGAAAGAAUUUUGACAAAGGCAGUCUAAAGAUAUAAUUGUAAAUUAUGGUUAUAUAUUUAUUAAAUAUUCAUUUUUCAAGUACUUUCUGCAGCUGCCCUUUGAUGGUAUAGAAUCACCUAAAUGUUUGUUGCCUGAAUGAGGUAUUCAGAACUUGCUCUGUCACUUCCUGUCUUAUAACCUAGGUGAUAAGGUUCUGUCUUUAUAAAAGUGGUGCAGAAUGCAGGAUAGUUUGGUGCCUAAAUCCCUUCAUUCCUAUUCGAACACUUCCUGGCAGUAUGUCCUUGGCCAGGUUAUUCACUCUUUAGAAGCCCCUGUUUCUUUAUUAUCAUAAGGGAAUAAUAAUAGCUAUACCUCAGGUUUAUUUUUGUGAUUAAAUGAGCAUGUGCCAGGCUCUCAGCUCUGUUAUUGGUCAGAAAUGUUAGCAAGUGAAGAUGCCUCUGGAGCCAUAAGUAGUUUGAACUCCAAGGACAAACAGUUCAUCCCCCCAUUUCUCUGCUAAGAAUCUGACAUUAUUGCCUUAAGAUUGGAUAGUUUUGAAUGGCUUGUAUUUGCAUAAUGGGUUUUCUCUUGUUCCCACAUACCUGCCUCAGAGCUUGUUUGGAGGCAUCUUUGCUUAGGCGUAGCUAGGGCCCUGUGAGUAAAGGUGGAAGAACUGUACUCCAUUAGUAUUUAAACUCCAUCUGGUAUGUAAGUUAGGACUGUUUGGUGCCUGAUGUGGGGUACUCAGGGUGGGUCCUGGUCACUGUGGUGGUAGUGUGUACAUCAGGCGACAUCAAAUGAUGAGCUAAGCUCCUGGGCUUAAUAAGCAUCAGAAAACUCAUCUCUUGCCUCCUUUUCUACAUAGGUUACUAUGGUGAUAGGGUUAAUUACCAUGAGAUAUGGACCUUGUAGAAUCCAUGUGAGGGUUCCCCUCUCUGAUUCAGCAUGGAUAUGGACAUUGCCUGACUUCCGUGAUAUCCAUGGUAUCAUGGUAAAAUCUAUUUAUAUCUCCCCUGAAACUCAGACACCUGAGGGACCACGACUACUUCAGAAUUGGGUCCUGGUGGCCAAUAGUUCUUAUCAUCAUAUUUCCUUUGUUUUAAGAUACUAUCCAUUGUAAAAUGAUUAUUGAUGUAAUCAUAGCUUUUUAGGGGGGAAAACUCCAUAUCAUUAAUUGUACAUAUUAAAAUUCAGAUGUAUCUUAUUUCAGAAAUAUUAAAAUGCAAAGAAAAAGUACAUCUUAGAAUUGAGGAAUAAGGUAUUACUUAUAAUCAGGAAUUAUGUACUUAAAACUUUGUUACCUUCUUAGAAAAUUAAAAAUAGGAAAACUGUUGAUUCUGUUCUUGUGUUCAAGCAAUACUAAUUUUAGGACUGAAUAUCUUCUUUCUUUAGAGAUAAAUAGGAUGUAAAAAUGUCUCUGAGAGGUAAAGUGUGAUGGAAGAUGAGGUCAUAUGUUCUAAUUAGAAAUGUGCAAAUAUGAACAUUAAGAUACAUACUCAAAACAGCAACAGAAGAAAAUCCCUGAAAUUUUAGGACAUUUUUCUUAAGCAAUUACAGCUAAAUUUCAUUCUACUUCUUGCUUAUAAAAUUUAAUGAAAUACAGUCACUUUGUAGGCCCUGAGUGAUCACAUUUCAGUUCUUUUCCUACUUUUAGUAUGAUAUUUAGACUAAUUUAUUUCUCCAGUGUGCCCCAGUCUUUUCAUCGCAUUCUCUUCUUUCUGUUUGGAACAUUUCGUCCCAUACAGCCAUCUAUUAAAGUCUUAUGGCGCCUUCAGGCCCCAGCCCAAGUCCAUUGCAUGAGUCCCUGUUGCCAACCAGUACCAGGACUCAAUCCCUUGGCAUUCCACACCAUUUUUGAAGCACUUUUCAUGUGUUAUUCUUAUAUAUUUAAAUCUUCUAUUCCCCAAAAGAUUGCAGUUUCUUAAUGUCAGUAACCAUUUUAUACACUUUUAUGUCUCUCUUAUGCGUUGUAGGUACUCAAAAAUCGGAUGAAAGCAUGAGAAUAGUAUAGGUUUACAGAUGUAGGUGUAUUAGUUUGCUAGGGUUGCCAUAACAAAAUAUCACAGACUGAGUAGCUUAAACAACAAUAAUUUAU